GGGCCAGGAGUCGUAUCGUCCCCCCGCCGCGGGGAGCCAUCUCCGGGCGGGGGCGGCGGGGCGAGCGCGGCCCGGCGCCCCUCCGUGCCCGGCGGCGGCGGCGGCUCAGUGCGCAGGCACGGAGCGGGAGCGAGCGGCGCUCCGGGCCGUACAUAAUACGUGGUGUCUGGGGCCGGCGCGGCGCAGAGCGGAGAUGGGACCGGGGCGGGAGAGCCGCAGCUAGCGCCGCCGCGGUUGCUCAGCCGGCUGAGGGGAGCGGCAGGAGGGACAGGUAGGAAGGAUGAGCUCCUAUGCUGACGUUUGCGGGUCCAAGCAUACGCAGGGCAGCACCGAGGGAGGGUACCAACGCUACGGAGUUCGGUCCUACCUGCAUCAGUUUUAUGAGGACUGCACAGCUUCAAUUUGGGAGUAUGAGGAUGAUUUUCAGAUCCAGAGAUCGCCUAGCAGGUGGAGCUCUGCAUUCUGGAAGGUCGGACUCAUCUCUGGGACGGCUUUUAUGCUGAUAGGUUUAACAGUUCUUGUAGUGGGUUUUCUUGUGCCACCAAAAAUUGAAGCUCUUGGGAAAGAUGAUUUUGUGGUGGUGGAUACCCGUGCCAUUCAGUUUAAUGGGUCCCUUGAUAUAUGCAAGCUGGCUGGAGCAAUCUUGUUUUGCAUUGGAGGGUCCACUGUGGCGGCAUGUCUGCUGAUGUCUGCUUUUGCUAAAAGUUACUCCAAAGAAGAAAAGUACCUCCAGCAAAGAUUUAAAGAGAGAAUAGCUGAUAUAAAAGCCCAUGCAAAUCCAGUCACAAAAGCGCCAGCACCGGGAGAAUCAAAGAUACCCGUCACUUUGUCCAAAGUUCAAAGUGUGCAACCUUUAUCUGAAACCUGACCCUUUCCUUAGGUUUUGUUUCUCACUUGUAGAUCACUUUAACUGGAAAAUAUCAGCUGUUGUUGGCAUAUGUGCUAGUCAGUUACAACAUCGAGUGCUCUGCUAUACAAACACACAGCUGAUGGGGAAGCUGCUCCAAUACAAAUUUAGCAUUGGGAAAAGGGAAAUUAUGUGAUUAGACCUGUGACCAAUAUAUUCAGUGUAUUUGAACAUUUUAAUCUGUGUUGAAUCAAUAAGUCCUUGCAAUGACGAUUAGGUGUUUAGCUUAUUGGAUUGCAUCCCUAGAAAACAGGGUGCAUUUAUGACAGCUGUACCAGGAACACCCUACAUCCCACUGUUUAAAGUUUAGAUGAGCUGGCUUUUUGUUUCAUUUUCUUCUUGCCUUUAAAAUACUGUUCAGUCCUACUUUUACUGCCUGGUUCCGCUGUCUGGGAAGCCAAGAUUCUGCCCUUGUAAUUUGCACUUGUCCUCCUGUCACAUGCUACAGUCUGUAUCAAAGUAAUUCUGCACAGGUAAAAUGUACAUGACAGCGAGUGCCCUUAAUCUAGUCCUGGCACAUGUCUCUUCCCAGCAACGUUACUUUCUGGGAAAGGCAAGUUAUACUUGAUCCCGAGUUACAACUAACCUGUGCAAAACUGCCACUUUCUUCUUAGUCAUUGCCAUAUUAACAAAAAAUACAAAAUAAAGGUAAAGAAUUCAUAUGGGAGGAGGAACAUCAUCCUCAUGUAUCUUUGGUUUGAUAUUGUUUCUUUCAUUAUAUUGUAUUAUGUUUGAACCUUACAGAAAAUGUUUCAGUUUUGGCUGGGUAUGGAUUACUAAAACUAGUUUGAUGUGCCCAGGCCCCAUAUUCUGUCAGUACAUUAAUGCCAUGUUAGAUGACCUUGACAUACUUAUCUAAAGACAUUUUGAAAUGCUGUUUAUAUUUUUAUAGAGGAUAGAAAAAGUUAUGCUUAACCAGAUACCUUUGUGUAAAUGCUUAUCUGAAGACUUGUCCUUUCACAGAAGGCCCUUAAUUAUUUUCCCACCCAGGGCAAUUAUUUCACUGUCUUAAUCUAUGGAUUUAAAUUAAAAUGUAUAAAGAAAGAUGUGACAUUUGUACUCUCUGACAAUAUGUGCCACCUUAUAGUUCUGUCUAUUUUUUGAAUGGAUUGAAUAAAAUUCUAGGCGUGAGCCAACCAU